GCGUCCGCAGAGGUCGGGCAACAAGCACGCAAGCACGCCGGCGGAUAACUACUACCUGGCUCGGAGGAGGACCCUGCAGGUGGUGGUCAGCUCCUUGCUCACCGAAGCCGGCUUCGAGAGCGCUGAAAAGGCGGCGGUGGAGACGCUGACGGAGAUGUUACAGAGCUAUAUUUCUGAAAUUGGAAGGAGCGCAAAGUCCUACUGUGAACAUACAGCCAGAACCCAGCCUACGCUCUCCGAUAUCAUGGUUACUCUAGUAGAAAUGGGGUUCAAUGUUGAAACGCUUCCUGCGUAUGCCAAGCGGUCCCAGCGGAUGGUCAUCACUGCCCCGCCUGUGACAAACCAGCCCGUGACUCCCAAGGCCCUGACAGCUGGACAGAACAAGCCACAUCCAUCCCACAUUCCUGGCCAUUUCCCUGAGUUUCCAGAUCCUCACACUUACAUCAAGACACCAACAUACCGGGAGCCUGUAUCUGAUUAUCAAGUCCUACGGGAAAAGGCAGCAUCUCAACGGCGCGAUGUAGAAAGAGCUCUCACACGUUUCAUGGCUAAGACGGGAGAAACGCAGAGCCUCUUCAAAGAUGACGUUAGCACAUUCCCAUUGAUUGCUGCCAGGCCUUUCACCGUACCCUACCUGACAGCUCUUCUCCCCUCUGAGCUGGAAAUGCAGCAAAUGGAAGAAACAGAUUCAUCGGAGCAAGACGACCAGACAGACACCGAGAACCUCCCCCUGCACAUGAGCACGGAUGAUUCAGGACCUGAAAAGGAGAAUGCUUCAGUGUUACAGCAGAACACCUCCCUGUCAGGCAGUCGGAACGGGGAGGAAAAUGUGAUAGACAAUCCCUACCUCCGCCCAGUGAAAAAGCCCAAGAUCCGUAGAAAGAAGUGAGAUGUAGCCAGCUGGCUGCUCAGAGGAAGAGAAACCGGGGGGUUCACCUCCGCUGCUGUGGGUGAGAGGCAUGGAGCAUGAUAGGAGAGGCAAUCCGUCUGAGUGGCAGCAGCAGCAGAACGGUCUCUCUCUGCCUAGCAAACUACACUCUCAUCCUGGUUUGCGAUGCUCCCUCUUUGCCCUCUGCUCUCCUGCUGACUUGGAACGGUCAAUGGUCAAUUGCCUUAAAAGCGUUGAAGGCCACCGGGUUACAGAUGGGAAUUGUCUCCUUUACUUUGGUUUGUUCUC